AUGAACACGCCGCAACCGCUACUGAUUUUCAGCGCUCAUCAACCAGGGAUCUCUGUUUCACACCCAGCUGAAGAGCACUCUCAUGUUUGGGGGGGCGGGAGGGCACAACAACAACGGACGAAGGACGGAUACGGAACGUUAAGUCCUAGCCGUCAUGUUAGUGUUGGUGGUGGGCCUGCCACGCUUGCCUCUACCACUCAGCAACAACAACAACAACAACAACAACAACAACAACAACAACAACAACAACAAAAGCAAGUAAUGAUGCAUCAUGCGUUGUGCGCGUCAAAGCUAGCUGUGCUGGAUCCUGCCCACCCUGAGUCCUUCCUUCCUUCCAUCCAGGUGGUCUACGUCUCCUUCGACCCGGAGUAUCCCACGUGGAAAGAGCAAUCCCGAAUCUUGCUAUCUGGCGGCUUACUACCACCACUGCGGGUACACGCGCACACACUUACGCGCAACACCCCUCAUUGUCUCUCGCUCUCGGCGCAGAGAAACGGUUAG